ACACCGAGCAUCUUGUUUCUUCUGAUCGUAAAAAAAAGAGAGAGGAGAGAGAGGGAGCGGGAUGAGUGCAGCACUGGAUUCUGUGAUGCUGCCGCUGACGUCAGUGGAAGGAGAGGGGAGGCGGAUGCGGCGGGGGGCUGCUGCUGCUGAUGCGACCGUGGCUCAGCGCAGAGGCGGAGGAGCCGGGACUCCGCGAGGAGCCAGGGGCCACGCAUUCGUCCACACCCCCUCCCCCGGGGCCCUCCCCACCCACCCACACCUCCCCCUCGUGCUCCGAGGCGCAGAGCAGCACGCGCAGGCUCUGAACGAUGUAAGGUGAACGCAAAUCAUCGUCUGCGGCCGUGCGCGAGGUUUAGCGCGCGUGAGCCUCCAACCCGGAUUUUAAUCGAGAGAGGCGACGGUGGGGAAGGAGAAGGUGGUCAGGAGGCAGCGCCGCUGUCGGUCGAGCGACAGCCGUGGCGGUGGAGGGAUCCACGGUGCCGUGAAGAGGAGGAGGAGGAGGCCUGCGAUGUCGCGGAGGGCCGCCGGGCGCGGCCGGCCUGACAAGCCCGAGGCCGUGAUCCACUCGCUGCAGACCGCCAACGAGGAGCUGAGGGCCAAGCUGACCGACAUCCAGAUCGAGCUGCAGCAGGAGCGCAGCAAGGUGAGCCGGCUGGAGCGUGAGAAGGUGCAGGAGGUGCGAGCGGCGCGCGAGCAGGAGCAGCGGCGGCACACGGCGGCCGUGAGCGAGCUGCGCACGCGGCUUCACGAGGAGCGCGCGCGAGAGGCCCAGGCGACGCGCGAGGCGCUGCUGCGGCAGCACGAGGCCGAGCUGCUGCGAUUGACGCGCAUCAAGGACGGGGAGGUGCAGCGGCUGCACGCCACGGUGAGCGCGCUGCGCGACGGCGCCACCGACAAGGCGCGGACGGCGAUGCUGAGCGAGGCUCGCGAGGAGGCGCGGCGCUCCUUCGAGGCGGAGCGCUCGCGACUGCAGGGCGAGGUGGAGCAGCUGAGGUGGGCGCGGCGCAGCGCCGAGGAGACGCUCGGCACCGUGCUGCAGGCCGACCGACAGAAGGCGUCCGAGCUGCGCGCCUCCCACCACCUGCACCAGGACGAGAUGGCGCGCGUCAAGCGCGACUGCGAGCGAGAAAUCCGCCGCCUGCUGGCAAUAUUCAGCAAUGCACCCAGUACAAAAACCUUCAGGAGGUCCGCACAAAUGGACGAGCUGCGCUCCAAGGAGCGAGCGGCGGGUGAGCUGGAGAGAGAGCUGGGCGCUCAGGUGGAGGCUGCUCGCCGUUUAUUGCAGACUCAGCCGCGCGACGGGCGGGCGGCAGACGACGCGGCGCUGUCGCCGGGGACGCCGCCCCAGGCGGCGGCGGGCACGGCGGCGGUGGGCACGGCGGCCAGAGAGGCUGAGGGGUCGGAGGGCGCCCCCAGACGCGCGGGGGUUCGUUUGGCUAGCCCCAGGAAGGAGGCGCAAGCGCAGGCGCAACCGUCGGCCGCCGACGGUGCAGGGGAUGCCGGCGAGCACGCGCGAGGCAGCCCCCCUGUAAGACGUCGAUCCCGCCCCCCUGAGCAUCAGUUGGACGAGAGGGACGCCCGGAGGUUUCAGAUGAAAAUCGCCGAGCUGGGCUCCGUCGUGCGGAAGCUGGAGGAUCGGAACACGCUGCUCGCGGACGAACGCAACGAAUUGCUGAAACGCUUUCGCGAGGCGGAGAGUCAGUGCCGGCCCCUCGUGGAAAAGAACAAACGCCUCUCGCGCAAGAACGACGAGCUCAGCUGUGGCCUGCAGCGCCUGGAGGACAAGCUGAAGCUUCUCACGAGGGAGAACUCCGAGAUGAAGCAGAGGUGUACAGCCAAGGAGGCCUUGAGGAGGCCGAGCUCACUCAACGACCUGGAGCAGUCGCAGGAGCAGCGCGAGAUCGAGUUCCUGCGCAUGCAGGUCAUCGAGCAGCAGAACAUGAUCGACGACCUCAACCAGGAAAGAGAAAAAUUAAUGCGCAUUGUGAAACCAGUCCGGAAAGACCUCAAGCCCGUCAAGAGGCCGGUUGUGGAGACAUAUUCUGGGUAUGACGAGGAGAACUCCAUCGACUCGGAUGCCUCCUCCCUCUCCUACGCCACCGACCGCACGCCCGGCACUCCUGACGACGAUAUAGAAGACUCUCUGGUGCAGGGGGAGUCAGAGCUGCGCUUCCAGCAGCUCAUGCGAGAGUACCAGGCCCUCCAGAGGGCAUACGCUCUGCUCCAGGAACAAGUGGGUGGGUCCCUGGAUGCAGAGCACGAUGCCAAGGCACGAGAACAGAUGCACGAGGAGCUCAUGUACCUGCAGGCGAAGGUCGCGGACCUGGAGAGGGUCCUCAUGGAGCAUGGGCAGGGCAAGGAAAUUAAAUGGAUUGAAGAAAAACAGGAACUUUAUAGGAAAAACCAUGAGCUGGUUGAAAAGAUCCGGAGCCUGGAGACGGAGGAGGACCGCCUGAGGCGCGACAUCCAAGACGUACGAGACCAGAACGAGCUGCUGGAGUUCCGCAUCUUGGAACUGGAGGAAAGGGAACGCACCUCGCCGUCCAUCACUCUCACGCCGGUACCCUGCCCUGAGGGCACAAGUCCCCUGCAGCAAUUCUGCACGUCCGAGGGCAUGGCGGACAUUACCAUAACGGAAUUGAUGAAGAAGCUGGACAUUUUGGGAGAUAAUGGGAAUCUAUCAAAUGAUGAACAGGUUACCAUUAUCCAUGCACGAGUUGUGCUUACUCUGGCCGAUAAGUUCCUGAAGCAGAUUGAGGGGAAGGAGGCAGCCCUGCAACAGAAAAUGAUUGACCUAGAGAAGGAAAAGGAGCUCUUCAUUAAGCAGAAGGGCUACCUAGAGGAGGAGCUGGAUUAUCGCAAGCAAGUGCUGGACCAGGCGCAGAUGCGUGUGCUGGAGCUGGAGGCGACGCUGUACCACGUCCUGCAGCAGGAGGGCAGCGAGGCUUGCGCCGGCGCCAAGCCGAGCGAUCGGCAGCUGUCGGAGCUGCGCGGUGCCGCCGAGCAGUGGCGACGGCUCGUGGUGAACGAGACGCGGCAGCACGACGCGCAGGUGCUGCGCGACCGCAUGGAGCUGCUGCACCAAGCCCUGCACAGGAUACGAGACCUUGAAGAUAAGCUGGACCGUCAGAUACGGCAAAUUCAGGAGCUCGAAGAAAAGCAUUCAUUGUCUGGUCAUGAAGGCUCUUCAAAGGAUGGAAUCGAUGUUGAGCCAACCCUGCCACACCUGCAGAGCCUAAUGCUUGAACGAGAUCACUUACCCAGAGCGAAAUCAAUCAGCCCCACAAAUCGCCUUGCCUUAACCCUGAGAAGCAUUUAGGAGGCCGAGGGAAAGGCUUUGCAACUUACGAGCAUGAUUGGGGGGGGAGGGGGAAUGGCCCGAUAGCAGACUCUAAACGUAAAAACACAGCGUACGUCGGAGAAAAAUGCCAAAGCACAAAGUGGUUAGCGGGACAGUGCAGAAGACCGAAGGUUUAACGUCGAACGGAACAAUGUUUUAUAGUACGUGACGUGUUGUGAGCGUGCAAGCUGGGAGUACAGGGUUUCUCGUUCUGAAACUGGAAAUAAGACGUUUGUUUAUCAAGUAGGAGCCAUCGUGCUUUGAAAGCUUGCUGCAGAGGAGAUGUACUGUUUGAAAUAGUUUUGAAAUUGAAUCGAAAGCUCACCUGAAAUCUUUUUUUUGGCUGAAAUUGAAAAUGCAAGCAGUGCAGACACUUUGCUGUGCAACCACACCGGAGGAGCAAGGCUCCCAGCGACCGUUCGUGCUACGUGGAGAGGAUCAAGAGAUCUUUUCUACGUAAAACAAGAGUGGCACAGAGGCAAUGCGGUGGGGCUAUCGGACGACCGGGAAUCGAUCUACCUGAUAAUUGUUUAAAAGAAGAAAAAAAACAACAGCGGUGUGAUAAGAUGUACACAAUGACACAAAAGCUUUAAAAAAAUAUGUCUAUUCCAACACAAGACAGCAAUGCUGCUGCUAUAGUUUUCUCCACUUGCUUUGCGCAAGAGAGCAAAUGAUCCGUUGAUUUAAUGAGAUCCACAUUUUUAUUUGAGAACAAGGCAAUUGCUGCUGUGCUGGCCAUCGUAGCAACUGAUGAUGGAAGUUUGACAAUUAAAAUCAAAUGGUUGCGUUCAUGCAAUGUAUAAAUAGACAGGACGUAAUGACACGGCAGUUUUAUUUGUAUCGGUGGCCUCAACGUAACGAGAAAAAAAUCACCGGAGCCAUUUUUGUAGGACCUAAACUAAAGGAGGACGAGACCUCUUGAGGGUCACACACGGCCGCUAUUCACAGCGACACCGGGCUGCAAAUGCAACAAGACCAGGAACUGAUACGUUGCAGAGAAGCGUGCUCAGUCUGCACUCUGGGAAGAGAGGAAGUGGAGGCUGCCUGAAACCUGGCGAGUGGUCACGCGAAAAAAUGGGUUUGCGAUGGCUGCAGCGGAUCGCAAGAGGCAUUGGGACAUCACAAGCAGCGUUUUCAUGCAGAGGGCGCGGACAGACGUUCGUUGGAAUCGAUCUGCAUCGACCAGGCCCCCAUCCACACGACUUUGCCAUUUGUUCUACAAUGACGACGACAAUAAUUUCCCAGCUCUCCCCGCGUACGCUAUCACUAUCAACGUGUCGCAGGGACAGACGUUCCAUGACGUUGAACCGAUUCCGAAGCAAGGACCGUUAAAAUCCGAGCCCAUGACAGCGUCCUCCGGAGAGAUCGUCCAUCAACAGCCGCGAGUGUCAACGUGGUUGUCGUGUCCUCUGAAUCACAACAAGAUGUGAACUCCCUCGCCUGGUAUCGGCAGGAGGUCCUGGGUUCGAUCCUGACUGUUGUAUAUUUGGAGUUUGCCUGUCUCUGUCCCCGUUGGUCGCGUGGGGUUUUCUCCGAGUCCUCCGGUUUCUCUCUCCACAUUUAGGAACGUACGUUUAGAGAAAUUGACUGCGAUGAAUGGCCCCGUGAUAAGCCACUUUGUUGAGCUAUCAUUUGUGGCCAGGUAACUUCUGAAAAUGAGCUAUGUAGCUCAGUGGGCCUUACCUGGUAAAAUAAUAACAAAAACCUUUUUUUUUAUAGUUUCAUAUUUUACUUGGAAACUGAAGUCUUUCUCCUGGCCGUGUGCCUAUCAGACACACCGCGUUUUAAACGUUCCAUUUGGAAAGCGUUUUAUAUUUCUAUCUGCCUGUAGAAACGAAAACGUUACCGUGUAGGCAUGUUUUUUUUUUUCUCAUUUGGGAUAUAUGUGAACUUUUAGAAGUCUCUGGAUUUAUGUCUUAGGAGAAGCGCUAAUUUAUUGAACAGUUUUCAGGCUAUAUUGCACAGUAAUUAAGUCAGUCUGGUUUAAUACAAUCAUAGGGUUGGUUUGCAUUAGAAAGAUCAAUGUCAUGAAUGGUGCAUUUUACAACAUUGGCCUAUAUCUCUCUAUACACACACAUAUUUUUAAUAUUUAAAUUCAAUUACAGGUAAUUUUAUAUAGAAUACUGUACAUAAUACAUUUAUCUAAAUCCCUACUUUAUGCACAAACCACACAUCCCUAAACAGCAUGCAUUACAUAUUCACAGAAUUAAACAAUACCCGACAAAUUAGCAACACAAACCAAGAACAGACCGUGGAAUUGUCGCAGCCCUGUUUAAAAAAAAAAAAGGUAAUCUUAAGUUGUCUACAAAGGGCAACGCACGUGCAGUACACACACUGCGUGAAGCGUUAUGAAAAGUAUAAGAUGCAGCUUAGUCGUAGCACAUUACUCGUGGACUCUGCUUCUGACAGCUUACUCAGUAAAAACAAACUACAGAAAACUGGAACGCACGCAGUUAGUGAAUAGGGCGGCACACGAAGCAGAGCUUUAGCGUCAACAUAUAGAACGGGUGCUGUCAGCUGUGGCCUACUGCAAGGGGGCUUUGUUCUUAGCUACCAAGGGGCCUUGGAAAGGCUUGGUGUUCGUCCUUGUCCUUUUAAGCCGGUAACUUUUCAAAGCUUCAAUUCCAUCAUUUCCAAGACUGGUGGCUAAGAAUCAGACUGUUAUUCAACGAACCCUUGCAGCCUUAACUGUUCCACACAACGGAGUGCAUUAUUUGAUACGUUGCCAUUGUGGCUGCAUAAAUAUAUUUCUAUUUCAUGUGGAAUUGUUUUGACUCUCUUAGCGAGGAACCACGUGAUCUGGGGCAAAUGUGAAUCCGAGUACGCUAUAACUAGGCCUCGUGAAGCAUUCGACUAAGAAAUGCGUGUUCUGAAUGUGAUCUGAAACGACCAUUAAAGAAACAACCACAGCUGUGGACCCUUGGUAAAUAUCACCGUUCUUGUUUCAUAGCAGCCUUCUGAUCACAUGACCACAAACGACAAGUCACGGAAGCUGCUUUACCUACAUGAGACAAAAGUGCAUUUUGGUUAGAGUUCCACAAAAGUAGUCUUACUGUCGUCAUAUUUUUUUUUGCUGUUGGAAUGCAAUUGGCUCUGAGUCUAAUCGAGGUUUAACUGACAGUUUUUCCCCAAGUAUUUUGAUACGAUCAAUACCAUUAUGUUAUGCAGAUUCACAUUAAUACGUUGAUUUUAAGAACACCUCUUGUGCUAUUUUAAAUGGACAUUCGCUCCCCCUCUAAGUCACUCAGUGCAGAGUCGCAGAACAGUUCAUGUUUAAUCUCUUGACAUCAAUUAACAUGAUGUAAAUUUAAUUACCAUAGCCUUGGUUCCCAAGUUGAACAAUGUGGAUUUUUCCUGCAGCCAUUGUGUUUUAUCCGCUAUUUUUAUUAGUAACAUUUCUACAUAUGGAGAAGAAGCUUCGGAUAAGCAGCUAAACAUGGGGAAAAAAAAUUAUUGCUCUAUGUAUAUGUAAACAGGGAAGAUCAUUCAAAAGAGCCUCCUGUUAUAUUAAUUCUGGAAGCGCCACCUUAGUCAUCCAUGUGUCAAUGUCUUCUGACGUUCAUUCUUUAAUGUGUUUGUCAAAAAUCUCAAAUCGAUGCAUCAGUCACGCGUAUACAAUCCCAUUAGGCGAUGCUCACGCUCGUGCGUGUACACACACCCAUACACGACCAAAAGGCGAAGAUGCCACUGAUCCAACUGGGACUGUACGAAAUGUGUUAUUAGCAGGCUGGACGUGAGGCCGGAGUAGCGCUAACUAACGCGAGAGCGAGCGCGCGCGCGCGUACAGGACGGUGCUAACAAGUGUCAAACACGAGCAAAUGCUAACGCGUGUCUUCUGUCCCACGCUGAUAUUAUAAUGGCUGAGGACAGUGCUCGAGUGAAUUCCUUUGAGGCCGAUGAUCCCUGUCAAGACGAGCAGAGUUGAUCGGUUUUUUUUUGUCAGUCUCUCGCUGUUUCAGAGACGCCACAGGAUAAACCAGUGCCCUUUUACGCAUCUCCGCCACGGACCACGGUUGUCCAUGUUGAGCUUGUACAAGGCGAGGCAUGUUCAGCAUUCCUCGUGCCAUCUCUGCGGGAAAUUAUUGUUUUUUUUUUUCUUCCAUUGAGCCUCCCUUUUGUUUAAAAUCAGCCUCCCGUACGCGCGCCUAAUAAUGCCGUCGAUAAAUAUUUGAAAAGGUCUGGGAAUCCAUGAUCUAUUUCUCUUGCUUGCCACAGAGGUUUAUGGUAAAGUACUAGCGGUAGACGUAGUAAUUGUCAUUCUUUUCAGGUGAAUGAUGCUCGAACAGUAGAGUUAAACAUCACGGCGAAAGGGGGGCUUGGUGGAGUCUCUUUAGCUUCUUAAUGAAGCAUAAUUUGGGGGUGAGCGCGUGUUACAAUAAAGCAAAAACAAAACAAAAGAACCCUUCCGCUUGAAAAUAAUAAAUUAAAUACAUUAACGUGACGUGAGAAUGUCUCCAUCUAAGGUUCUGGGAGGCACUAAUGAGAAUCUGUCGGAAGCUUCGGCUGGGAUUUCUGGCUCAAGCGAUAAGUAUAAAUUACCCAUUUGGAAAGUUAACGUCGAACCAAUGGAACAGUUUCUGAAUGGCAUAUAAGUAUGCACUUCAAAAUCUGCGUUCAAUUGAAUUACAUUUCAUCCUGAUGUUGAGGGUUAAUGUGGGUUUCAAUCGCACACCCAAUCAUAGUUUAUAUGUUAAAUGAUCAGCACACGUUUACAGCUAAUGGCAUAAGUGCUCUUUGUCAAUUUAAUUCCCUGCAUAAUCAUCCCAUAUUUUUAUUUCCAAAUGCCAGUGUUUACAACCCCAUCAAGAUUACAAUAAAGAGCUCAUAAAUAUAGAUUUUUACUUUGCAAUGAAGGGCAAAUGCAGUUUUUAUGCCUACAUUUUGGAUAAAAAUGGUUAUUUCACAUUCAUAUUUGCUUUCUAUUUUGUUCCUUAAUCCUUUGGUGUAAUUUAUUUGAAAUGCCACUUCCAAUAUGAAAUGCCUUGUUAUUUAAAAAAUGAUAAAGUGUACAUUCUUUAGUUUUUGAUAUACAGUACAUUAUGGAAUGCAGCUGCGAAGCCCUAAAUGCUCGUAUUAUUACGUGUUAUUUAAUAAAUUAGUUUUUAUUGCUGGUUUUAUUCACAUGUUAAUACAUUUUCUAAUUUUACCCUAUUAGCCGUGAAUACCACUUGCCCAAGGUUUCCACAGAUUGUAACAUUUCUUAUUAAAUGUUGUCUUUUUUGUUACUGGAAAUUAUAAAAUACAAAUGAACUGGAACCUCAAAACCACGUAAAAAUGUUACAUUAUUCCUCAGAUGUUUUUUGUGCUGUUCCACGGUGAUGCUGGUCAUUUAAAACGUACUUGGAAAAAUAGAAGCCAUGUCUAACUGUUCACUGAAGCAUUUAAAGUACAUUUAAAGUUCGGCAAUUGGAUGCAUUACAAAUUGUGCACGAGUGUCGUACAUGAACACCAGUGGCAAUCGUACAAGCCAUUAAAUACAGGACUCCUCUACUUACGAACAUUCGACUUAAGAACUAUCGGACCGAGAGUCGUAAGCUCAGCCGCUCCGCGCAAUAGAUGGCAGUGGUGGCAUCUACAUCUGCAGAACGUGAAGAACCAGUGGCAUCUACAUCUACAGGAGAUGAUUCAACUUUUAAAUCCAUUCCCCGUGUUUAGUGUACAUGCCGUACAACGUGUUUGGAAUCGACAAGAGUAAAGUUGGUCUUACAAAUAGACCUCUGGAACCUAACUCGUUCGUAAGUUGACGAGUGCCUGUACCUUGUGAGAUGUGUGAAUAGCUGCGGAGACAAAGGCGGGUGAUUGGAGUUCUGUAUGUGGUCGCUAACACCACCUGGCCACGGCAGUCUACGAGGCUGAGCGGAAUAGCUUUUGCUUCCCAUGUUUUGUUAAAGUUAGCUCUUUAAAAAAAACCAUUGCGCUGAGGACUUACAUUUCCACCAAUAUAUUUGUCAUCAUUUGUGGUUGGGCGGAAAGGUGGUUGCCUGUCAAUGUUCAGUAGCAAAGCAGCUACAGUAUUUAGUAAAAGAAAAUCAACGUGAACUGCCUUUCGGUGGAAAAUGUUAAGUAGGCCGAUAACAACUGAGCUAGCAAGAAGCAAAAUCAUAUUCGUAGUAGAUCUUU